AUGUCUUUUCCCACUAAUGGAGAUGUUCUUUCUGUCCCUGCCUACACUGCGGAGUCCGAGCAGAACGCUGUAGAGAUCUCAUGGUCCCAGUCGUUCCGCACUCGCACCGCUCGUUACUAUGUCGUCAACGCCCAGAACCAAUCCAAAGGCAAUGCCAGUGUUUUGAUGUACAUUCAGGACCGCUACUACAAGGACUCCAACAGCAAUGAGUACAUUGGAAAGCUUCCUGGUGCUAGACAGGAGGGCAGCUCUUGGAUCGUCAACAUCAACGACCGUUUCCAGUAUGGCCAGAAGAACAAGAAUGGAGAAGGUCGCUGGGUUGCUCUCCACGAUAAGGACAACAAGCCUUACCAGCACCGCUUCCUGAUUGCCACUAUGCAAAGCAAGCUUACCGAGGCAGCCAAGAACUUGGCGAGAUCCUUUGGUGCUGGAGAGAUUGCUGAGCAAGUCUCGAAGCUUGGUGGCUCCUACAUUGGCGACUACCUUCACACCUUCUAA